AUGAUCAUUCUAACUGCCUGCACCUUUACUGCAAAACUCUUUACGCAAAUGUUGCAGUUCUUUUGGCCACUGAAACAGGAACAAAACGCAGCAGUACGUCUUCAACCAGAAGAAGAAACCCUAAACUCAAAGACAAAGAUUUUUCAGCCCGUCCUCGACGAGUUGCAGACAGCAGCAGUAGAUUUACGGGAAAUUGAGGAAAUCGCAAAGAAUACAUUGUCGCUAAAAGCUGAAUUAGACGAGACAAUUCAUUUCGACGACUCAGAAAUGCCCGACGAACUUCAAAUUUCAAACACGGAAGAGGAGCGAGAUGAGCAAGUAGAUAAGAUGGACCCAUACUUCGACCAUCCCAUUUCCCACUACUACAUCAAGGGAUCGCAUAACACCUAUCUACUUGGCAAUCAAUUGAUCGGAGAAAGUACAAUUGAAGGUUACCGCCGGGCCAUGGCGAACAACUGCAAGUGUCUGGAGCUAGACCUGCAGGACGGACCGAACGGAUCACCCGUUAUCCACCACAGAUGGACGAUGACUUCAAAAAUUGAUGCCCGAAAUGUUUUGCGAUACGGAAUCAAACCCAACUUCAAAAGUAGCGACCUACCCUUGAUUUUGUCGAUGGACGACAACAUUAAGUCAGACGAACAGCGAAAUGUCUUCAUCCAAGACAUCUGCCAGAUUUUAGAUGAAUUCAUCUACAUAACCGAUUACAAGGAGCUAAAAUGUCUGCCGUCGCCAAACGAACUUCGGGGUAAAAUAAUUAUCAUGGCACCCAGAAGCAAAUGGGGUCAAUUGGCAAAUAUCUGUCAAGCCGUUCCCUACUCACAAAGCUCACAAAGUGGAACAUGGUUUGAGGUCUCUUCACUGUCGGAGAACAAACUCCGUCGUCUCUUACAAACGUCACUCGAACCGAACACAGCAUUACGCAAUGACAAGAGAGGAACCGAAACACAUCAGAAAAAGAAUCUUCGUCAAACAACAGCAAGUCAGUUGAUAAGAUACUACCCCGGAGGGCAGCAUAUACUAUCCGGCAACCAUGAUCCCAUUCCCGGAAUGAAUGUCGGUUGUCAAAUCGCCGCCAUGAAUAUGCAAACGCACAGCAGUCAAUUGGCUAUAUACGAAAGCAAGUUCCGGGAGAACGCUGGAAACUGUGGCUAUGUCCUCAAGCCGGAAAUCUUAUUAAACUCGCACGAAUUUCAAGAUAUAAUCCCUGUUCAUCCAAAGCGGAUCACCAUUAAAGUAAUGAAAGGAAUUUUACCUGAUAAAAGCAAAACGACCUUUGUCAGCGUUCGUGUCGACGGGGAGAAAAAGGACAAGAUGAAGAAGAAAACGAAAAAAGUUAAGAGCGAUGAUGGACUGAGCCCCGAGUGGAACGAAGAGUUGGUCUUUGAUGUGCAGCAUCCAGAACUUGGUUUUGCUUUGUUUCAAAUAAAAAAGUCUAUGUAUUUCGGGAUGAGAAAAUCAACCGUUGCCUCUUAUGCCAUUCCAAUCGAUAAAAUGGUGAACGGGAUAAGCUCGCUGAUUCUACACGACCAGAACCUGGAAAAUAUUGACGCUACUCUUUCGGUGGAGAUCAAAAUAGAAGACCCAAAACCGGAAGGAGUUGAAGUUAAAGGUGGUACAAUCACAAUAAAGGACAAAUUAAAGGAAUUAAAGGGCAAACUGCUGGCUCUAUGUGAAGCGAUAAAAAACAAGAUAUUUGCUUUGAAACAAAAGGGAGCGUCGUCAAAUAUCCGAAAAGAGCACCCGUGA